ACCCACGUGACCCGGAAGCGCUCUCGGGCCGGCGCACAACUGGCGUCUCGGUUGCUUCUUGGCUACCGCGCGCCCGCGCUCGCUCCUGGCUCCGGUGCCGCGCGUGCUUGCGCCUUGGUGGGCGGCCAUGUGUUCGCUGGCGGCGGGGAACGGCCAAGGCGCCGCCGACCUGGGGCCGGAGCCCCCGGAGCUGUCGGACAGCGGGGACGACGCCGGCUGGGAGGACGAGGACGCCGAGCCCGCGCACGGCCGGCAGCACACGCCCUGCCUGUUCUGUGACAGGUUGUUCUCGUCUGCCGAGGAAACAUUUUCACACUGUAAGUUGGAGCAUCAGUUUAAUAUUGGUAGUAUGGUCCAUAAACAUGGACUUGAAUUUUAUGGAUACAUUAAACUAAUAAAUUUUAUUAGACUUAAGAAUCCUACGGUGGAGUAUAUGAAUUCCAUAUACAACCCUGUGCCCUGGGAGAAAGAUGAGUACCUGAAGCCUGUGCUGGAAGAUGACCUUUUGCUUCAGUUUGAUGUAGAAGAUCUUUAUGAGCCAAUGUUGACUCCCUCCUCAUACCCCAAUGGACUGAGUGAAAAUACAUCGGUUGUUGAGAAGUUGAAGCUCAUGGAGGCGCGGGCGCUGUCUGCUGAGGCCGCCUUGGCUCGAGUACAUGAGGAUCUGCAGAAAAUGAAACAAUUUGCUCAGGACUUUGUGAUGAACGUAGAUGUCAGAACCUGUUCCUCCACGACAGCCAUUGCAGACCUGCAGGAGGAUGAGGAUGGCGUCUACUUCAGCUCCUACGGGCAUUACGGGAUACAUGAAGAAAUGCUAAAGGACAAAGUCCGCACAGAAAGCUACAGAGAUUUCAUAUACGGAAAUCCACACAUCUUCAAAGAUAAGGUUGUUCUAGAUGUUGGGUGUGGAACUGGAAUUCUCUCAAUGUUUGCCGCCAAAGCCGGGGCAAAGAAAGUGAUUGCCGUUGACCAGUCUGAAAUCCUCUACCAAGCUAUGGAUAUCAUAAGGCUAAAUAAACUUGAAGAUACCAUUAUACUAAUUAAAGGGAAGAUCGAAGAAGUGAGUCUUCCUGUAGAAAAAGUGGAUGUUAUUAUAUCAGAGUGGAUGGGCUAUUUUCUUCUUUUUGAGUCAAUGUUGGAUUCUGUCCUUUAUGCAAAGAGCAAAUACUUGACAAAAGGAGGAUCAGUCUACCCUGACAUUUGCACCAUCAGCCUAGUGGCCCUGAGUGACGUGAGCAAGCACGCUGAUAGAAUCGCCUUCUGGGAUGACGUCUAUGGCUUCAACAUGUCCUGCAUGAAGAGAGCAGUUAUUCCAGAAGCUGUUGUGGAAGUUGUAGAUCACAAGACUCUUAUCUCGGACCCUUGCAGUAUCAAGCAUAUAGAUUGCCACACUACGUCUGUCUCAGACUUGGAGUUUUCUUCCGAUUUCACCCUGAGAGCCACCAAGACAGCCAUGUGCACGGCAGUCGCUGGGUACUUUGAUAUAUAUUUUGAGAAGAAUUGCCACAACAGGGUCGUGUUCUCUACGGGCCCUCAGAGCACCAAAACACACUGGAAACAGACAGUGUUUCUUCUGGAAAAGCCGUUUCCAGUUAAAGAAGGUGAAGCCUUGAAAGGAAAGAUCACAGUUCACAAGAAUAAGAAGGAUCCUCGUUCCCUCAUCGUGACCCUGACCUUGAACAGCUCAACUCAGACUUACGGUCUCCAGUGACCAUCAUGGUCUCCAGCAGCCACAGAGCACAUAUAACUCUCCGUCUUUAAAGUGGGGUCAGGUGUCAGUGGGAGGGGCAGGCUCCACAGGGCUGCAGUUCCUGGGCAGGAAGGGUAAAUAAAGUGGGGAGCUCAGUGGAAGAUUGUGUCCUUCUGCUGUGUGGAUCCUAGUCUCAGAUCUUGGCAGAUUAGCUGAAGGGAGUCCUUCUGCUGUAUGAGAGUCAUUUAAAUUGGCUGACUUUGGAAUGGUAGUAACUCUGGAUGGAUAUAUAUAUAUAUAUAUUUCUUCCUAUAAAUUUUGUUCUUAGUAGCGAGCAGCACAAAGCAGUGUUUUGUUGUAGACUUCCUUUCUGGAGGGACAGUUUUUAGUUAUACUCUUUGCUGUAAACAUGGUAUCUAAAGACUAGGGAGCCAGUGCGCAGGACAGAGCAGGAGCUCCUGCACAUCCUGUCUGCAGAGGCUGAGUGGUCCUCUCUAGCCACCGAUAGCACUGCUGGGAGCCUAACCCAGUAUUUACCCUAGGAGUGAUAGACUCCUCUUAAGGCUGAGAUAGAUGUGCGCCUCUCUAAAAUGCUGCCUUUCAGACCAGGUUUGUGUGCCAAGGUCACACAUGCAUCUGCUAAUAGAAAAUCAUGUUAUUCCGGUUGAAAGAAUGAAAAUAAUAAAAUGUAUAACUGUUGAAAAAGUGAGAGCUUCCUCAUCACACUGAUUCCUGUUGUGAGGUCGUAAGCAUUUAUCAAGUCAAGGAAGGAGUCAGUUUCAAGAAAAUAGUGACUUCCGCAGGCAAGCCAGGCAUAUUCUUUGUCCAAACUAGACAUCAGCAGGAGCUCAGACUAGCUCUAAAGUAGGUGGUUCCGUGCAGCUGCAAAUCUCUGUGAGAUCUUAGUGUCUUUACUUAGCCCGACUCCUUUCUCGAGAUGCCGGUUAUGUGAGUACAUUUCAGGUGCUCAGGUCAGGGCCUCAGUAAGUGGCGGUGACAGUAUUGUCAUUAUUCAUUGAAGGAGCUCUUCCCAGGAACAUGGACUGAAUGACCUUCCUCAGCAGGCUGACUCCUACAACGGAAAAGACCUGGACUGUCAGCGGAGGAGAGAUAACCUGUCAGAUUUUGUGUUGUAUUUUGUCUCCCAGUGUUGGAAUUUAACCCAGGACCUCACCCAUAAUAGGGGAACACUGAGCUAUGCCCCAGCCUUCUUUUCCUUGUUUUUUACUUUCCUUUCAGUGAAUAAAUAUUUUCUACUAUUUAAAAA